UAUCCAACGGGCCCUAACUUAUACCCACGAGUUCAUUCGGUUUACGCCGAAUUCAGUUAACAGUUACCGACAAAUUCCCGCCUACCGCACGCCCUACCGUUACUUCUUCACUCACCGUAUGACUGUCGGUGCCCGGUCUGCCAUUUUCUCAGCCAGUAAGCCCGGGUGCGCAGUGCGCAUGGCCUCCAUAUGCUCCCCGACCCGUCUUUCCCUCUCACUCCGCACGACUCUCUCCUCAUUGCGUACAUCUCGCGCGCCGGGAAUCUCACUCCGAUCGUCACCAAUAUCUCUAUCCCUCUCGAUUAAACCCGUUCGCUCGAAUUUCAAGAACCCAGUUUCCGCAUCAUCGGCGUCAGCAGAUAUGGCGGGUCAGUGUCAGAAGAAGGUGGAGAAGUUUCAGACGGAGGAGGAAGUGGCGGUGCGUCUGGCGAAGUACACUGCCGACCUCUCGGCCAAGUUUGAGAAGGAGAGGGGAGCCUUCACCGUCGUUUUGUCCGGCGGCUCUCUCAUUUACACGCUCAGGAAAUUAGCGGAAGAGCCGUAUAUGUAUAUGGUGGAAUGGGAGAAAUGGCAUGUGUUCUGGGUGGAUGAGAGAGUGGUGAAAAGAGAUCACGCCGACAGUAACUAUAAACUUGCUCUUGAAGGUUUACUCUGCAAGGUACCGAUUCCUCCUGGCCAGGUUUACGCCAUUAACGACACACUUUCAGCCGAGGGAGCAGCUGAGGAUUACGAAACCUGUCUUAAACAUUUGGUUGAGCGCAAUGUGAUUGCCACUUCAAAAGCUACUGGAUUUCCAAAGUUUGAUCUCAUGCUUCUGGGUAUGGGGCCAGAUGGACAUCUUGCUUCUCUAUUCCCUGGCCAUCCGCUUUGCAACGAGAAGACGAAAUGGGUGACUCACAUUACGGACUCGCCAAAACCACCUCCAGAGAGGAUUACAUAUACCUUCCCGGUGAUCAACUCCGCUGCGUAUAAUGCAAUGGUGGUGACAGGUGACGAUAAAGCUGAUGCCGUGCAGAGAGCGCUAGGAAAUAGUCAGCAUCCUGAUACUUUGCCUGUUCAGUCGCUUGCAGCCGAAGACGAGUUAACUUGGUUUUUAGACCAGGGUGCAGCGUCCAAGCUGUAGGAGCAGAAUGUCGAUGGCUUUGCAAUUCGUUGCACUUGCAUCCGAUGUUUUUACUACAUACAUGUCGAUGUUAACCUGUUUGUGUUCUAUAAUUUGGGCAGGAAUCACUGUGAUUCACUGCUUACACAACCUUCUUUGCGGGUUGCUUGAGGCGAAAUGAAUAAGAUAACAACCAUAUUUCAAUAAAUUACAAAUGGUUGUGUUCUUUGUUUCGCCUCAAGCGGAUGCAUGGUCGAAUAAUCAAACAAUCCUAUUAAAAUU